UCUCUCUCUCUCUCUCUCUCUCUCUCUCUCUCUCUCUCUCUCUCUCUCUCUCUCUCUCUUUUUUACGGAAGGGGUACUUUUUUCGACACAUCACCAUCAAGCGCCAUUUUGCUGUUGAACAAAACCAGCGAAGGCGGAUCGAGGACUAGCAUCAAAGACACACCAAGAUGGGGAACUUUGCAAGUCUCUUUAAAGGACUGUUUGGCAAGAAAGAGAUGAGGAUUCUGAUGGUCGGACUAGAUGCUGCUGGAAAGACCACCAUUCUGUACAAGCUCAAACUGGGAGAGAUCGUUACCACCAUCCCUACCAUUGGUUUUAAUGUUGAGACUGUAGAGUUCAAGAAUAUCAGUUUCACGGUGUGGGAUGUGGGCGGUCAGGACAAGAUCCGGCCACUCUGGAGGCAUUAUUUCCAAAACACACAAGGUCUUAUCUUUGUAGUGGACAGUAACGACAGAGAGCGAAUCGGGGAAGCCAAGGAGGAGCUGAUGCGAAUGUUGGCUGAGGAUGAGCUGAGGGAUGCUGUGCUGCUUGUGUUCGCUAACAAACAGGACUUGCCGAAUGCCAUGAAUGCAGCCGAGAUCACGGACAAGCUUGCCCUGCACUCCCUCCGCCAUCGUAACUGGUAUAUCCAGGCCACAUGUGCUACUAGUGGAGACGGGCUCUAUGAGGGUCUGGACUGGCUUUCAAGCCAGCUAAAGCACGCUAAAUGAUCCACCCCCCAUCUGUCGGCCAUGUCUGCAGUGUUUUGGGGGCAGCACUGGCCUCGGUCCCACCCUCUCCUCGCCUUUUCCGUUUCUUCUGAGUAAUUCUGGACCCGUGGCCAGUGCUGCUCAGCAUCCAUGUACUGUAUGUGUGUGUUUGGAGAAGGAACGUUGAGUGUGUGUGAGAGUUGUAAUGUGUGUGUGUUGAGCUAAGUGGGAGCAGCCCUGCUGUGCCUUGAACACGGUUAGCUCUCAGUCAACCCAUUCCUCCGGUGUCGGCACGUCCUACGGUGCUGGUUUCCACAAGGCUAAAAGCAAAGAACGGUCCUGAGUGCUCUGUGUCUUCAAAACGAAUGUUUCUAAACAAACCAAAUGGCAACAAAUCAGUUUUUACAGUUUCUAGGUACAUUAAAACCUUAUGGUAUGGCUCCUUUCACCCUCCAAAGCUCUAACAUCCGGUCAGUGUUUAAUUAUUAGUGUUGCGUUCUUGUGUGAUCAAACGAUGCAUACAACUUAAAAUGUUUAGUCAUGAAGCUGCAGGUGUUUGAUCAAAAUAAUUCAUAUUUGGCACUUAUGCAUGUGGCUAAGUUCCACAUGUUAAUGGUUUUGAUCCAGAUCAGUCGUGGCUGAACGUUUUUGCUUUAUUAUUCCUAAAUAGAUUUGUGUUUUUCCCAAAUGAAAAAGGUCACGAGAUCCAGUCUGGAUCUGGUAAAGGCAAUAAAUGUAGUUGUGCAUGUUUACAUAUUUGGAGGAGUGUAACUAUUGCAUGGUGUGUUUGUAUCGCUGAAGCCUGACCGGGCUUCAGAUACACUCGGUUCAUUGUUACAACCAGUUGCUCCCACUCUCGCUCUUUAUUUCCUUUGGGGGGGGGGGGUUGUUACCAGGUGUGUUGUCCUUUUAUGGAUGAAACACUCUUGGGACCAAAUGAUUGACUUCAGAAAGGCGUUGUUGUGUUGAGUUUUAGAUUUGUCUGCAGAAAAGGCAGCAGCCAGCUUUUGUGUUCAUGCUUAUGUCCCCGACGCCGUUGCUGUGAUCGAUGGCGUGUUUUCAAUCUGAGGUGUUUAAAACAGCCUUAUAAAUGCAUAUGUAGAGCUCCAGGCUUUGUGCUUCAGGUGGGGGUGCGUCCCCUGUUUGGUAUUUACACGACAUUAUACCAUUUGUACAAACACAUCACAACAUGUGCAUGUGUGAAGGCAGCUGUUUUAUCCGUCAGCUGUUGCAGUAAACACACACACACACACACACACACACACACACACACACACCCCCGACUCUCUCUGUUUCUCUACACCAGCAGAUCUAAGAAUGUUGCUCCAGGGUAACCAGAAUAGUUUUCCUCACACCUGUUUCCCAGAACCAGAACCCAGUCUACAACAGUUCCCGCUGAGUGAGGAUGGCUGCACACUUAGUUUUCACUGACCUCUACAGGGAGCUGCAAGUUCCCAAUUUUGUUUUCUAUAACUGGACAUUUUUCUUUGAAAGUUGUAAUGGAAUGACUAAUCUUUGACCUUGUUAUUUUAUUCAUUGAAUUAAUAAAGUAUUGAUCAAUUAAAAGAAACAAGUCUGUUAGAAGUGUUUUAACGUGACAUUUUCUAUCAUCCUUUGGCCAGAUGUGAAGCUUUAAUUUGCCAGAUCACUUGUGUACAGAUGACACGUGUGCAUAUGUAUUUCUUUCUUUUCUUUUAAUGCAUUUUAAAACUCAUCAUGUAACCUCUGAUAAAUGCACUAUAAUAAAAAGAAUAUCUAUUGUA